AUGGCUGCCAUUACUCUAUUUCUUCUUCUCAACUUCCUGUCCAUCCUCUCUUGUGCUACAGCACACGCAGAACCUCAUCCCCAACACCAAACCUACAUUGUCCAGCUGGAGCAUGAUCUCCAGAAGCCCUCACCUUUCCCAAACCACCAAUCAUGGCACUUUUCCCUCCUACAAUCACUAGCAAACCCCAUAGCCGACGAAGAGAUGUUCCUCUACAGCUACACUCAUGUUAUGCAUGGGUUUAGCUGUAGAUUGACAGAAGCUCAACUCUCCGAGAUAGAGACGUGGCCAGCCCAUGUUGCCACUUAUCCGGAGACAUUGGGGAAGCUCCUCACUACCCACACUCCGGAGUUCAUCGGGCUGAGUCAUGACUCGGGGUUGUGGUUGAAUUCCUCUUACGGCGAAGGAGUGAUCGUAGGAGUUAUCGACACAGCAAUCUGGCCAUCAAGCGAGAGCUUCCAUGACCAAGGUAUGCCAGCCGUUCUAGAGAAGUGGAAGGGGAAGUGCGAAGAGGCAGAGCACUUCAAGCCUUCGUACUGCAACCGGAAGCUGAUUGGGUCUCGAUUAUUCCUCAAAGGAACUAAAGUAGGCCCCGGUUCAGCAAGCGACGAGUCCUUAAGCCAUGGGACUCAUAUAUGCUCAACAGCUGCCGGCAACUUCGUCCCAGGCGCGAGUUAUUCUGGCCACGCGAAAGGCACAGCCAGGGGAGUUGCUUCUCGUGCUCACAUUGCUAUUUACGCAGUGGCCAAUUCAGAAAGUGAAAAUCCGUCUAGUGUGGAUGUGCUGGCAGCAUUCGACCAAGCCAUGGGUGACGGCGUUGAUGUCAUAUCUUUGUCCAUCGGCGUCGAUGUUCCUUCUCCGUAUGAAGAUGCAAUCUCCAUGCCCUCGCUUACAGCGGUAGACAGAGGGAUUUUUGUGGCUGCAGCGGCUGCUAACAAUCCAGCUCGUUGGGCUCUCCAAAAUGGAGCACCGUGGAUCUCGACCGUGGGGGCCGGCACCGUCGACAGGAGCUUCACAGCGCAAAUCGUUCUGUCAAACGGAGCAAUGAUUGAAGGGUAUUCCUUCUUCCAACUCGAUAUCUUUGCUGCUGAUGUUCCGCUGUACCACUGCCAGAGCAAGCUCGGAUGUGGCAGUUCCUCGCUAAAUCGAUCAGAGGUUGCUGGGAAGAUUGUGCUGUUUGAUGACGUUGACCCGGAAGGGAUUCACACAGCACCAGACCUUCUUGAUUCAGGGGCAUUUGGCGGAUUGCUGGUGACCAAUCAUCCAGAGACAUUGUUUCACCCCGACGAGGGCUACUUCCCAAUGAUAGCCCUGUCCCAAGGGUCAGGGGAUACAGUGCGGAACUACAUAGCUUGUUCUCCGGGGGGAGCCAAAGUGCAGAGCUUGAGGUUUCGAUUGACCAAACUUGGUGGCACACCAGCUCCCAAGGUGGCCCUUUACUCCUCGAGAGGGCCAGACGCGGUCAAUCCAAGCAUUCUGAAACCGGAUCUCUUGGCGCCCGGUCACCAAAUCUUGGCAGCCUUCUCCCGCGAACGUCCAUACACAUCUCUUGGAGAAUACAGUGUGGUGACGGAUUACGGCCUGUUGACGGGCACAUCCAUGGCGGCCCCACACGUCGCGGGUGCUGCGGCUCUGCUCAAGUCCGUCUAUCCUGAAUGGACCCCGGCUGCCAUUAGAUCGGCUCUAAUGACCACGGCCUAUGUUGUGGACAACACCGGUAAGAUUUUCACUGAGCAACAAACAGAUGAACCAAUGACCCCGGCCGAAUUCAGGGCUGGUCAUAUCGAUCUAAAGAGAGCCAUGGAUCCGGGGCUCGUCUAUGACCUCAGAACACAGGAUUACGUGGAUUUUCUGUGCGGCCAGAAUUUCACGGAGAAGCAAAUCAACGCCAUCUUGAGGCAGCGCGGUUGGCAUUGCAGGGCCGAAUUGAAAGUGGAGGACUUGAAUUACCCUUCUCUGACUACAACGACGAUCAAGGUUGGAGACAAGGGUCCGGGGAGAACGGUGAAGUUUAGAAGGGUUCUAACCAAUGUGGGAGAGGGAAAGUCUGUUUACAGAGCAACCCUGGAAAACGUCCCGCCGACGAUGAGAAUCAAAGUGGAGCCGAAAAGGCUGUCGUUUCAUUGCCGCAAAGAGACCAAGAAGUUCUCGGUCACUUUGGACGUCGAAGAAGAUUCCCCGGAAAAGGUCUAUUGCUUUCUGCGGUGGACUGAUCAGCACGGACAUGUGGUUUCGAGCCCCAUUGUGGCCAUGACUGUUCCUCCGCCUCAAUGA